GUAUAUAAUUAUUACAUGCAUUGUCAUAUAAAGUGGGGGAACAUUCAUCAUUAAGUCAUCCCGUAUCGAGGAUAUCAAUCUGUAAACAAUGUACGUAAUGAGUGCAACAUGAGUGGCAUGAAGAAAAAAGCUAAUCAUUUAGCAGUGUUUAAAAAACGGACGAAAAAUGACGAUAAUGCCGAACUAUCGGAAAUCAUUAUUAUAUCAGCGAGAAAAAGUGGAAAUUUAAACCUCUCAUCGAGAGGACUAUUUAUGGUACCUGAUAGAGUAUGGAAUAUAAAUGAUUUAACUGAAGAAGAAGUGAGAAAUUUACAUUUUGAACUUGAUUAUGUACAUGAAAAUGAAAAAUGGUGGGACCAAGAGCCUCUUAAAAUACUGGAUUUAAGUUAUAAUAGUUUAAAAACAAUUGAACCACAAAUAGAAAAUUUAUCAGAGUUGACUACGUUAUAUUUACAUAAUAAUUUGUUGGAAGAAUUGCCUGCUGAAAUGGGAAAUUUAAAAAAAUUAAAUAUAUUAAAUUUAUCAAAUAAUAAACUGGAAAAUUUGCCACAUGAGUUUUAUAAGCUAAAUGAACUGCAUGAAUUAAACUUAAAAAAUAAUAGUAUAAAGGAGCUUGAUCCUGCAGUUGGUGACUUCAUAAUGUUGACCAAUCUAGAUUUAUCAUAUAACAAUUUAAUUGAGUUACCGAUUGGAAUGGGAUAUUUAGUACGAUUACUUUCCUUGGAUUUAAGUCAUAAUAUGUUAAGAGAAUUACCACCUGAUUUAACAAAUAUGAGAGCAUUACAAAAGUUAAAUGCAAGUUAUAAUCAGUUGGAAAUGUUGCCACCUCUGGGUGAAUUAAGGAAGGUAGAAACAGUGAUAUUGCACUCAAACAAAUUAACAACAUUUCCUGAUAUGUCUGGUUGUACACUAUUAAGAAUACUACACUUGGCUGAUAAUAACAUUACUGAAAUUGAUAUGUCUUGUUUAGAAGGUGUAGGACAAUUAAAAACGUUAACAUUAGGAAAUAAUCAAAUUGAAAUAAUACCAGAAGAAAUAAUAAAACUGGUGUAUCUAGAAAUUUUUGAUUUAUCACACAACAAAUUAACUCUAAUACCAAAAUAUAUUGGCCUAAUGCCUAAUUUAAAACAAUUUGUAAUUGAUGGAAAUGAUAUAAAAAAUGUUAGAACCGAUAUAAUACGAUGCGGUACAGCGCGAAUUUUGAAGCAUAUACGACAGGAUAUUAAGAGUACAAAUAUGGAUGUAAAAGAAUAUGUGGUAUCAGAUGCUAGUACAAAUAUUUAUCCAGAUAGGUAUACAAUGCAGAGUACAAAAUUACUCAGUUUAGCUGGACAAAAUCUUACUGAAUUACCACAAGAAGUAUUGACAAAUGCGUGUAAAGCUGAUGUAGGUACAGUGGAUUUAAGUAGAAAUAAUCUGUCUGCUUUACCUGGUGAAUUAUCUAUAAUUGAAAGAAUUGCUGAUUUAAAAUUGACAUCUAAUCAACUAACACAUAUACCAGAAUGGAUUGGUGAAAAAUACAAGUAUCUACAGAUUUUGGAUUUAAGUAAAAAUCUUUUACAAUCACUUCCUUCUAAUCUUGGCUUGCUUAAAUAUUUACAAGAACUUAAUAUUUCAUUUAACAGGUUUAAAGAAAUACCAGAUUCUGUUUAUGACAUAAAUUCCUUAGAAAUAUUAAUAGCGAAUGACAAUUUAAUUACCGAUAUUGAUGUAUCAGCUUUACAAAAAUUACAAAAACUUGCAACAUUAAAUCUUGCUAAUAACAACAUUGGUUUUGUAUCACCAGAACUUGGUACUUUGAAAAACUUAAGGAAUCUGUCUUUAUCUGGAAACUGUUUUAAACAACCCAGGCAAGCAAUUCUAGCAAAGUCUACAGAAGAAAUUCUAGCAUAUCUUAGAAAUAGAAUACCUCAAUAAAAUUAGAUUAUUGAAAUGUAAUUAAAAGAAGAAACAUCUGCUGACAAGAUAUAUGUCAAUUAUCGAACGUUAUUGUAAUAGCAAAUUCUUAAAUAAAUUAUUUAAAAUGAA